UGGUUACCGGAAGCUUCUACGUGUUCGUUUUCGCGACUCUUCAGGAAGCGUCGUCAACAGCUACACAAACCACCAAGAAAAACUUGGUUUCCUUCAAGGGAAGGAGAAAACCCAAAAGUGAUGUUGCCAACCACCAGCCAACACAGCAACGGUGGCCUCAGUUCGAGGGACGCUGCUCGUCACACCGCGGGCGCCAAACGCUACAAGUACUUGCGGCGACUCCUCCAUUUCAGGCAGAUGGACUUCGAAUUUGCCCUGUGGCAGAUGCUUUAUUUGUUCACGUCGCCACAGAGGGUGUACCGCAACUUCCACUACAGGAAGCAGACCAAGGACCAGUGGGCCCGGGACGACCCAGCUUUCCUCGUGGUGCUCAGCGUCUGGCUAUGUGUGUCAACAAUAGGCUUCGGCCUGGUGCUGGACAUGGGCGUUCUUGACACGUUGAAGCUACUGCUGUGGGUGGUCUUUGUUGAUUGCAUAGGGGUAGGACUCCUCAUAUCAACUCUCAUGUGGGUGAUAAGCAACAAGUACUUGGUGAAGCAUCCACGCCGAGAUUUUGAUGUCGAGUGGGGUUAUGCGUUUGACGUUCACCUCAACGCUUUCUACCCGCUCCUCGUCAUUCUGCACUUCCUACAGCUCUUUUUCAUCAACCAUUUGGUGAUGAUUAACUAUGACUGGUUCCUGGGAUACUUUGUUGGAAAUACGCUGUGGCUUAUAGCCAUUGGUUAUUAUCUCUACAUCACCUUCUUGGGGUACAACGCUCUGCCGUUUCUGAAGAACACUGUGGUGCUGCUCUACCCCUUCGCCUUGCUCGCCUUCCUCUACAUCCUCUCCGUCUCGCUGGGCUGGAACUUUACUCGAGGUCUCUGCUGGUUUUACAAGUACCGAGUCCAGUAAGAUGGGUGCGAUGGAAGCUGGACACUGCGACAAGUGACACAUUGGAUGACUUGCAGUAAUGUGGGACACUCGCUCGCCCAAUUGUGACUCUAAUUUAAAGACUGGCGUUUGUUUUGUGUUCGAGUUGGGAGACGCUCCAUCGGGACGCAGCGCCGUGUUGCAAGUGCAGAAACCAGGGAGCAGGUGAGAGACAGCGUUCAGUUCUUUUUGUAUGAUUUGUAAAUAAUAUUCUGGCAAGUUGUAAUAUAUACUGAAGAACUGCUUCAGAAAAAGAAACUGUAUUUUAGGUUUUCAGGAAGUCUGGAAAAAGUCUGUUGAAAUAGAAAUAAAAGAGACAAGCUUCAGGGGAUUUUUUUUCCCUGAAGUGUACAUUCCAGCACUUUCAAUUAAAGGUUUUAUUGACUUGA